CGGCGAGCACGGCGCGCGCCUCCGGCUCGUAUUUUCGCGCGCUGGCCUGGAGGCCGACCUGGAGGUUCAUCUGGAGGCCGAGCUAGCCCGGCAGACCUUGCGCGGGCAACAUGGCGGCGCCCGGCGAGCGGGGCCGCUUCUAUAGCGGGCAUUUCUUCUUGCCCGGUGGCGCGCGCUCCGAAGUGAUGGACGACCUGGCGACCGACGCACGGGGCCGGGGAGCGGGGCGGAGAGACGCGGCUGAGAGGUCAGCCCAGGCGCCAACCUCCGAUUCUCAGGUCGCCGAGGACGUCUCCCGGAGGCGGCCGUGCCGGGCCUGCGUGGACUUCAAGACGUGGAUGCGGACGCAGCAGAAGCGGGACAGCAAAUUUAGGGAGGACUGCCCGCCGGAUCGCGAGGAACUGGGCCGCCACAGCUGGGCUGUCCUCCACACCCUGGCCGCCUACUACCCGGACCUGCCCACCCCAGAACAGCAGCAAGACAUGGCCCAGUUCAUACAUUUAUUUUCCAAGUUUUAUCCCUGUGAGGAGUGUGCUGAAGACCUAAGGAAAAGGCUGUGCAGGAACCAGCCAGACACCCGCACCCGGGCAUGCUUCACGCAGUGGCUGUGCCACCUGCACAAUGAGGUGAACCGCAAGCUGGGCAAGCCUGACUUUGACUGCUCAAAAGUGGAUGAGCGCUGGCGUGACGGCUGGAAGGAUGGCUCCUGUGACUAGAGGCUGGUCAGCCAGAGCCCAUGGGACAGCCAGCCAGGGCCCUUGCAGUAGCCUGGUUGGAUAGGGGCAGGGCACUCGUUAAAGUGCAUCAGGUCCAGAGCCUGUUGUGUCUCUGUUGAGUGGUCCCAGGGCCUAGGGGCCCUGCCCCUCUCAGGUUUGGAACAGAGAGGCACCCACAGCAGGCACCUGCUGGCCUCCUCCUCAGUGGAGCCCCCAAGGAGCAGCAGCUGAACUGCAGGUGAGGGAGGCCGGAGGAGCCUGGGCUGCCCCUUGCCAUUCAGGACAUGGCUUCCUGCUCACCCCAUGCCCUGGUGCCUCGCUCCUCAGGAAGACUGGGCCUGGCUGAGCGACCCUGUGCCUGUCCCUGGAGCCUGGGCCAUUGCCUUCCCACUGUGCAGCCAGGGAUGCCUGCAGGGCCCCUGCCCCCCAUGGCUCUGAGCUGCUCACUUCAUGGGCUGAACUCUCCACUCUGCUCAGUCCCUACAGGAAAGCUCAGGUGGGGUUUGUCUGAGGGUCCACCAUCCUGCCCACUCAUUGUGCCAUGCCUGUCCACAGGGGAUUUGUGCUGCCCACUUCUUCAGAGUUUGAGGUCCAAAUAAAACAUUGAAGUGACUGAG